UGCGUCCGUUACUUUUUUGUACAUUCUUGUUGUUUAUUAUUUAAGCUGUUUUAACAAUUGCUCGGCUGCGCUUGCUCUUUUCGUUCAAUUGCAUUUUGUGUUCUGAUUUUGUGCUCCAGAAAAAACCAACAAUCAAGUGCUACGCAACACUACUUACCAAAAAAAAAAACAGACGCGCGCGCGGAUCUAAUUUUUUUCGGCUAAGCACACUGGAGGAGAUGGCCGAAGCGAUUAGCUCAGCAGCAUCUAACAGUAUGGAGCUGGCGCUCAAGGACGGGGUUGGUGGUGGUGUCAGUGGCGGUGUCGGUGUCGGUGGUGGUGGUGGACUACUUGUGGAUAUGACGCCGACAACAGCGGCGCUGUUGCAUCACAAUGCGCUCGCAUUGCGCAGUUUGAAGGAGGCCGCCGUGGCUGCUGCCGCCGUAUCCGCCUCAGCAUCCGCCUCGGCAUCCGCAUCGGAAUCGGAACAGCCGGAGUCGCGUUCGCUGGCUGGGACGCCGACGACGCCAACGAAUCUGAGCACAACUGGGCCGCAUUCGCCGCCGAUGACAUUCCGCUGUGAGCGUUGCGACAACUUUGAGACGAGUUCGCGGGCCACGUUGCUGCUGCAUGUGGUGCAGUGUCUGGCGGGGCAGGUUGCAGUCGCGGUGCGACUGAAGAGCGAGGAGCCCGAGAAUAUGAGUGUCAGCCACAUGGACAGCAGCAGUGGCGGCGGCGCGAGUUGCAAACAGGAACAGCAGGCCCAAGAUGCCACUGGCAAUGGUUCCAGCUCCUCGGCCAGCUCCUCGCCGGCUGGCAACAACAGCGGCGGCGUUGGCAACAGCAACAGUGGCACCAACAACAACAACAACAGCAACGGCAACAGCAACAACAAUGCGUCACGCAAAGUGUUCGAGUGCGAUGUGUGCAACAUGAAGUUCUCGAACGGCGCCAAUAUGCGGCGCCACAAGAUGCGGCACACGGGCGUCAAGCCAUACGAGUGCCGCGUCUGCCAGAAGCGUUUCUUUCGCAAGGAUCAUUUGGCCGAGCAUUUUACGACGCACACGAAAACGCUGCCCUAUCACUGCCCCAUCUGCAAUCGCGGCUUCCAGCGUCAGAUUGCGAUGCGUGCCCACUUCCAGAACGAGCAUGUCGGCCAGCAUGAUCUGGUCAAGACGUGUCCGCUGUGCAGCUAUCGUGCCGGCUCCAUGAAAUCGCUGCGCAUCCAUUUCUUCAAUCGUCACGGCAUCGAUCUGGACAAUCCCGGGCCGGGUGGCACAUCCUCGCUGCUGCUCGCCCUCGAAUCGCAGGCAUCCGCUGCCGCAGCAGCCGCCGCCGCCAGCUAUGUGUCGCCAGCAUUGACUCAAUUAUCCCAGCAGCAAACGCAACAGCAAUCGCAGCAGCAGCAGCAACAGCAGCAGCAGCAAUCUUCUGCUCCGGCGAGUCAUCAGAGUGAUAGCGGUGAAUCGAUGCGUUCGCUGGAGAAUGCAACGCCACCGAUGCACUUCCUUACGCCGCACGUGGAGAUCUCAACGCUUGGUGAGAGCGUCAAUACGGAGCUGUUCAAUCUGAUUUGCGUUUUGCGUGAAUCUGCUUUACAGGGCAACAACCACAGCAACAACAACAACAACAACAAUCACAGCACAAACAACAACAACAACAAUGAUCUGGAUUCGGAGAAGCUCAAGGAGCACACUUUGCUGCUGGGCGCUCCGCAGGAUUUGCCCAUGGAUUGCAAAGCCACGCCCAUUACAUCCAGCACCACAGCGACAAGCUUGAGCAGCAAGAGCCAUCCACAGCAUCAUCAUCAUCACACACAUCAUCAUCCACACCAUCAUCAUCAUCAUGAGAAUCACAUAACGCCUUCGAUUAGCCUCAUACCCAUCAAGCAGGAGCCGCUGCUGGAGGAUGUGGACAAGAAGGAGUCGUCGCUGAAUGGCAGCGCCAGCUGUGAUCCCAACAGCGACAACGAAUCAGCUUCCAACAAUAACAACAACAACAACAACAGAAUCACCUCACUGAUUAAGGUCUCGCCACUGAAAUCGCUGCUGCGCGAGGAUUUAAAGAGACGCAUUUGCGCGAAGGCGAACAAUCGGAUCACGAGGAACGCCACGCCGCUGGAGCAUGAGCUGCAGAGUCUGCCGCAGAGCAUGAUGAAUGGGAGUGCGGUGAGUGCGAGUGCUGCGGCAGGUGGCGCUGGUGGCGCCAGUGGCACGCCGACAGCGACGCCAACAAAUGGCAGCAGCUCGACGCCCAUUUGCAACGGAACGAUAACGUCGACGGGGCAGGAGAGUGAGCUGCUGCUGAAUCGCAAACAGAUACUCACCUGCCAUUUCUGUGGCAUUGAGUUCCCAGACGAGACGCUCUACUUUCUGCACAAGGGCUGCCACUGCGAGAGCAAUCCGUGGAAGUGCAACAUCUGUGGCGAGCAGCUGAACAAUGUCUACGAGUUCAAUGCGCAUCUACUCAGCAAAAGCCAUCAAUAGCAGCCACAGUUUGCCGGCAACUGACACUUGCCGGCCACAUAAACCAAUACAUAUAUGUAUAUAUAUCCUUAUAUAUAUAUAUAUAUAUAUUUAUAUAUAUAUAUCGAGUGUAGCUCAAUCUGAGCUGAUCAAUGAUUAACAAAUGAAUUAGACACACACACACGCAACUAGUUUAAAAAGAAAUUAUUAU